UUGUCGGUGUUGCUCGUUGCACUUGCAUUUUCGUACUUUUGCAUUCCAAAUGCUUUAUUUCGUAAACAAAACAUUCCACUAGAUAUUUUUUUUUAUACAAAAAUACUUUUUAAUUAAAUACAAAUUAUAACAAUGAACAUGAAACCAUUCAUAGUUAUUAGAAACUAUCGUGAUGAUGAUGAGCUCAAAUGCCAAGAAUUAGUUAGAGAUUACAUCAUGUCAUUUGCCAAAAAAUCAUUUUAUUGUUUUUGUUUUAGAGAGAUAACAUUGCAAUUCAUUAUUAUAACAUGGGCAAUUCUUUUUAUAUUCAUUGGAGUGCCAUUAACUUUUUGUGCCUUAACAAUACCGGGAUGUAUUUUUUUCUUAUUCUCUGGUACUUAUUUCUCUUUUUAUGCUAAGGCAGUAGAAAUAAUGAAGACAAAACCAAAUCAAUCAUUGGUUGCAGAGUGCUACGAACCAUUUCUGUCUGGAUGUAAGCCAAGUGAAGCAGCAGGCAGUAUAUAUUUGGACGAUGCACCAUUUGAAGAAUCAUUUAAAAAUAAAUUUCGAAGAAAGAUAAUUGCAACUGUGAGUGUUAAAAACCAUAACACACUUUACAAUGCAGCUUGGAUCUAUCGAUUUGCAAUUGCUCCAAACUUUCCCAUCAACAAAAUAGUUGAACCAAUGAUGAAUAUUCUAAAUAAAAAUUGCAUUGAAAAUGGAUACGGUACAUUGGAGUGUACUCUAUCCGAAUGGCAAGAGGACGAAAGAGAUUUUUUUGAUAAUUUAGGAUUUACAACAAGACAAAUAUAUCAUAAACAAAUUAUAGGAAGCACUUUGACGGUUUUAAAAACUCAACUCACAUGUGAUCUUCAAACCGAUGAAGCAUUACAAAAACAAAACUAACAAUCUUACUACACAUUGCGAUAAAUCCAAAUAUUUUAUACAUUCAAACCAUAUCACAUAAAAAAAAUAUUUUAUACAAAUCACUGCGAAGCGGAAUAUCUAUCGAUAUAAGCUUAUUGCUACUUAAGCUAAAAAAAAAUCUCACUAAGAAAAACACACUGUGCCCUGAUUAGUAAUUAAAUUUAGAUAUGUUGUUCUUUUGUACUUUAGUUAUACAUAAUAAUAAAUUAAAUGACUUUUUAUAGCUGCUACAAAAUUAUUUGUACUUA